AUGGAAGAAGCGUUUAGGCGUCUCAACGGCAUGCCUCCNUACGCGGCGGAGAUAAGGGACCCGCAGUCGAAGGAGCGGCGGUGGCUGGGGACGUUCGACACGGCGGAGGAAGCUGCCUGCGCCUACGACUGUGCCGCCAGAGCGAUGCGAGGCGCGAAGGCGAGGACGAACUUCGUGUACCCUGAUUCUCCUCCUCAUCCUCGUCCACACCAUCACCAUCACAAUUUUCGUCACUCUGAACUGUUCCAAGCGUUCAACUUCCCGAAGCAGCAGUGCCACGUCAGCAAGUUAGUUCAGAGUGGCCGCCAUGGCGUAACUGCUCCAUUAUCGACUCAGCAGCAGCACCGAAACGUCGCUAACAAUUCUCAUCAUUCCCUGAACAUGCUUCUGUUCCGCGAGUUUCUGAAUUCGAAUCCGUGUUUGGUUUCUUCUUCUUCUGCUGCUGCUGGUGGUGUUGGUUCUAGUAGUGCUAAUAAUAGUCCUUAUCAGUAUUGCAUGAAGGAGGGUGGUUCCGCUUGCUGCUUCAAUGGUAACUGUUGCGGUGGUGGUUCCAACAACGGCACGACGGAGGUUAUUGCUGAAGGUGUCGAGGAAGAAGAUCAGUCGUUAUUGGAGUUGUUCCCUAGAGAGUCUUCAAACUCUGGUCUGUUGGAAGAGAUAGUUCAACGCUUCUUGCCGAAAUCCAAAACCGUUCCAAACAAGAAUUGCGACAGCACUUUGAAGCUGAAACCCGAGGCGGCGGCAGUUUCGUUUCCUCAUCAUCAACAACAACAACAACAGGGCUAUGAUGAUGACAGCAGGAUGAUGAGGGGUUUUGAUCAUCAAAAUUUUCCUGUUCAGCAAUUUGAUUAUGGCUUUAACCCUAUUCAUGAGGCCUCAUCGAUGACCAUGCCUGUGGGGAACGAACAGUUGAUGAUGAACCCUACUGCUAUGCUGGAAGAUGCUUUUCAGUAUCAACAAUUUCUCAAUGCCUUCGCGGCCAGAAUGCAGAAUGCUUAA